GGUGGUGGACCAUCACGUCAUACAUGAGAGCAGAUUCAGCACUCCAUAGCCCAUAGGAUUUAUCAUUUAUAGUGUGAGGUGUGACACUUGGGAGGAGAAAGAUAAAAGAAAAAGAAAAAGAAAGCAAGAAUCUCUGUUUCAACUUCAAUGGCACUCUUGAAUGCUAUCUUCUCGGUUACUCAUUUUGCUUCUUCCUCCGUCAUCAGAUGUCAUUCUCGUUUUCCCGCUCAAAUUUCAACUCCAGAUCUAUCCCCUGCUUGCUUCAGUGACCGUCGCAAGUUCGUCCAAGCUGUAAUGCCUCUAUCCACGAGGAGGUUAGCUAACCGCCGCGUAUAUGCUUCAGCUAACAGCACUGAUGCCACUACUCCAUCUUAUCCGAAAUUGGAAGGCGAUGAUGAUGAGGAGGACUUGGUUCCAAAGCCAAUGGUUUUGAUAGACCAGGAUGCUGACCCUGAAGCUACUAUCGUACAACUCAGUUUUGGAGAUCGUCUCGGGGCUCUUAUUGACACUAUGAAGGCGCUGAAAGAUUUGGGAUUGGAUGUUAUAAAAGGAACUGUCACAACGGAAGGAUCCAUUAAGCAGACUAGAUUUUCUAUUACAAAACUAGACACUGGUCGGAAAGUGGAAGAUCCUGACUUGCUGGAGCAGAUUCGGUUAACAAUCAUCAACAAUCUCUUGAAAUACCAUCCGGAAUGCAGCGAUCAACUUGCAAUGGGUGAGACUUUUGGAAUAAAGGCUCCAGAGAAGAAGAUAGAUGUCGAUGUCGGGACUCACAUACAUGUGAAAGAAGACGGACCAAAGAGGAGCCUGCUUUGCAUAGAGACAGCAGACAGGCCAGGUCUGGUUGUAGAGAUGAUCAAAGUGAUGGCUGAUGUCAACAUAGAGGUGGAAUCCGCUGAGAUUGACACAGAGGGACUGGUUGCGAAAGACAAGUUUCACGUAAGCUACCAAGGGCAAGCGCUAGACAGUUCCUUGUCACAGGUGUUGGUGAACUGUCUGCGUUACUUCCUGAGAAGGCCUGAAACUGACAUUGACAGCUAUUAAUUAGCUUUUUGUCUGUUGUGAUCUAUCAAGUCUUGUGUUUUGAAUAUUAUGUGGAAACUCGUAAUACCAUAUGUUAACUC